UCCCUGCGCGACGGGCUGCGCCGAUGCUACAGCGCAGUCUUUUGGUCAGCCUUCCUAUCUCUUGGAGUCAUCAUGGAAGGUUACGAUGCCAUCCUCCUUAACUCUCUUUACGGUCUUCCUUCCUUCCAGCAGAAGUUUGGCGUGCGCCAACCCGACGGCACGUACAACAUCACAGCCAAAUGGCAAAGCAUCGUUUCCAAUGCCGUCAUGCUUGGACAAUUCUUUGGCCUCUUCAUCGCCGGCUGGGCUUCUGACAAGUUCGGCUUUCGACGAACCACCAUGGUCACAUGCGUCUUGACGGCGGCCGUCAUUUUCAUGCAGUUCUUCAGCACCGAUCUCAAGAUGUUGACCGGCGCAGAAGUCCUGUUCGGCUUCCCCCUAUCCGUCUUCCUCACUCUGACCACCGUCUAUGCUGCGGACGUUUGCCCGCUGGUUUUGCGACCGUACUUGACCACUUGGGUCAACCUCUGCUGGACCAUCGGCAAGGUCAUUUCCGCCGGCGUGCUUCGAGCCUUCGUCAACACGGAAUCGCACUGGGGAUACAAAGUGCCCUUCGCAACGCAGUGGAUUUGGCCGCCCCUCAUACUCGUCGGUACAUUCUUCGCUCCCGAGUCGCCUUACUGGUUGGUCAGACAGAACCGAGUUGAGGACGCCCGCAAGAGCUUGCGGCGCUUGUUUCACGGUUUCACCGAACAGGAGAUCCAGCAGUAUCUUGCUCAGAUCGUCGUGACCAAUGAACACGAAAUCGAAUUGCAGCAGGGAACCUCGUACUUGGAUUGCUUGAAGGGCACAAACCUUCGCAGGACUGAAAUCGCCUGCAUGACCUGGAUCAUCCAGCCUUUCUGUGGCUUCGCCGUGGUGGGCUAUGCGACAUAUUUCUUUGAACAAGCUGGGAUCGACUCGAACGAUGCAUUCAGCCUGAGUCUCGGUCAGCAAGCGAUUGCAUUCUGCGGAGGGAUCGCCAUGUGGUUUAUCCUUCCUCGCGUGGGCCGUCGCACCUUGAUGCUUUGGGGUCUCGUGAUCAGCGCCAUCACGCAGAUCAUCGUCGGUGGGCUGGGUAUACCAGCGCCCAGGAGCGGCGUGGCUUGGGCGACGGGCGCCGUCCUCAUGGUGUACAUCCUGAGUUACUCCAUGACGAUCGGACCUUUGGCAUACAUUAUCGUCGCCGAAAUGGGAUCCAGCCGUCUGCGCGCCAAGACGACGGUGCUGGCUCGUAACGCUUACCAAGUUGCCACGGUGGUCAACAACGUGCUCACCACGUACCAGAUCAACAGCGCCGCGUGGAACUGGAGGGGCAAGGCCGGCUUCUUCUGGGGAGGCUUCAACGUGUUGUUGUUCGUCUACUGUUACUAUCGUUUGCCAGAAAUCAAAGCCCGGACUUUUUUGGAGCUGGAUUUGCUCUUUGAGAAUCACGUUCCUGCUAGGCAUUUCAAGGACUGCGAUAUUGAC